UUCAAGCUUGGAAGAUCCAAUUAUUACUCUUUCCUUGGAGCUGUGAAGCACUCCAAGUGUUCGAUAUAUUGUUGGCUGAAAUUUGACACAAGAAGGUGCUGUUAUUUUGCUGGCCUCUUUUGGUGAUAUUUGUGACGGGAUAAAGCUCCCUUGGUGGUGAAGAUUGUGGCAGUCUUUGACGCGUCGAAAGCUUCUUUUUUGUGUGGCUGUUUUUCAUCCUAGCACUACCUCAACGUCUCUUUUACAAGGUACACAUUAUGGAUGAAAGAACUUCCUCUACACCUCUUCCCAAAUUAACUUCAUCAAAUUAUGUUUCUUGGGCAAAAACUAUGGAACAUUUUAUUAGAAGUAAAGGCCUAUGGGGACUCGUUGAUGGGUCAAAAAGUGAACCUCAAUUAGUCCUCACAAAGACCAUAGAUGGUAAAGCUCAAGAACUAGAUGGAGUUGAAAAAGACAAGGCUAUGAAUGAAUAUGAGAGAAAAUGGGAAGAGUGGAAGAUAGGACACCACAAGAUUAUCACUUGGAUUAUUGCUUGUGUUGAUACUACAACCAUGAGCCAAAUAGCAAAACAUAAUUUUGCUCAUGAAACUUGGGAAUUCCUCAAGAAAACCCACCAUGAAGGAUGUGGCCUACAUGUGCAAUCUUCAAAUGAAGAUUGCAAGUCUCCAACAAGGAGACAAGUCCAUUAAAGAAUAUGUUGGAGAAAUGGAGCAAUUAUGGGACGAACUUGCUCUAUUUGAACCCGAAUGGUAUGAUCCAAGAGACAUUGGAGUUAGAGAAAAACAAAUCCAAAGGGAGAAAUUUUAUAAAUUCAUUCUUGGUCUUAGAUCGGAAUAUGAUGGAGUCAAAACUUCCUUGCUCCAUAGGCAUAAAGUGCCAUCUAUGAACGAAGCCAUAGCGGAACUUCAAAUGGAGGAGAAUAGACUCAAUUUUUCAAAAGACAAGAGUGAAAGUGUUCUUGCUACCUCAAGACCCGGUGCUCAUAUGAGAACUUAUAGGCCUCCUCACUUUAAUCGAAACUAUGAGCAUAGCAAUAAUGGCAACAAGAAGAUUAUAUGUUUCCAUUGUCAAGAAGAAGGACAUACCAAACUUAGAUGUCCUAAAUUGAGGAGAUUUGAUAAAAAGACAAGUGUGGCUGGGACAAUGUAUGAAGAAAGCAAUCAAUUUGACCUAGACAAACUUGUAAGUGCCCUCCAACCAAAGCUUAUUGAUGCUCUUCAACCGCUUUUCAAAGGAGGAGGGACUUCUCCAAUCUCCGGAGCAACCGUGGCAUCUACAUCAUCAAGACCAUCUUUCCAAGAAGACGAUUGGGGAAGGUUUUAGGAAAAAUGAUCUCUACUAUGUUGACUAUUUGGAUCUUUCCAACCCUACUUGCAAUAUAGUCAAGAAGAGUGACAUUCAAGUUUGGCAUCAAAGACUUGGGCAUUCAAGUUUAGGAAAAAUGUCUUGUAUCCCUUUUUUGGAAGAGAAAUGUAAAGAAAUGAUCUCUUGUGAUGAUUGUAUUAAAGCCAAAAUUAAGGCUUUACCUUUUGGAAAUAGAAAUUUUGUUGCAAAAGCACCUUUUGAAUUAGUGCAUUCGGAUGUAUGGGGUCCCGCUCCUAUUAUGUCUAAAGGUGGUUUGCUUUAUUAUGUCAUUUUUGUGGAUGAUUACUCUCGAUAUGCUUGGGUUUACUUUCUUAAAUGCAAAUCGGAAGUCUUUAUGAAUUUUAAAAGCUUUUACAACAUGAUCAAAACUCAAUUUGAUGCAAACCUUAAAAUUUUUAGAAGUGAUUCCGGGGGAGAAUUCAUUUCCAAUGAAUUUGAAGAAUUCCUAAAAGAAAAGGGAGUUAUACACCAAAAAUCUUGUCCCAAAACCCCCCAACAAAAUGGAGUCGCCGAAAGAAAACAUAGACAUAUUCUUGAAACAACAAGAGCUCUUCUUAUAUCAAAAAAUGUUCCAAAAAAUUUUUGGGGUGAAGCAAUUUUAACAUCCAUUUACUUGAUUAAUAGAAUGCCCUCUAAAGUUUUAGAAAAUAUUUCACCUUUUCAAAAACUUUUUAACUUGGAGCCAACUUAUAAAAGAUUCAAAGUCUUUGGUUGCAAAUGUUUCAUUUUAAAUGACAAAAAUGAUAAACUUUCAUCUAGGGCUAUUCAAUGUGUCUUUAUUGGCUAUUCCGAAACUCAAAAAGGGUAUAGAUGCUAUGAUAUUGAAAAA